GAGAGUCCUCGUAGGAACCGGCGGGCGCGACCUGACCCUGGUGGGCGUAGGACCCAGGGACGCGGGGACGUACGUGUGCGUGGCCGUGAAUCCUGCAGGAGAGGCUCAGCUGAGCACCGCUGUCGUGGUCGUCGCUCGUCCGGAACUCGAAGGCGACGCCGAAGUCGAAGUCGCGGUCGUGGAAGGCCAGACGUCAGCUUCGAAUGCAAAGUGAAGACGAACGGGCGCUUCGGCCGCCCACGCCAAUUACAAAUAUCACGUGGAUGAAGGACGGGGAGGAGCUUCCUCUCAACGAAGUCCCGCAGACGAGGUCCUUCGAGCGCCUGGUGAUGGGUCGGCGGCCGCUCCCUUCGUCCGAUUACUACUACGAGGGCGAGGAGGACUUCAGCUACGCCGAGGACGUGUCCCUCCUGCUGCAGGACUACCUGGAAGGAGUGAGUGCGGAGGCCACGUCGACCCCCGCCACGACGUCAGAGCCCGUGGACGCCGGCCAGGAGGCGCCGCUGGACGGGUGGCGGGAGUGGCGCGGCGGCAGGAACGGGACGGCGCGCUACCACACCUUCGGCGGCGGGACCAGACUGAGGGUGAGCCGCGUGACGGAGCGCGACGAGGGCGCCUACGCGUGCGUGGUGACCAACCUCGCCGGCGCCUCCACCAGGACCUUCAACCUCGACACGCUAGUGCCCCCGGACAUCGACACCAUCCAGGAGGUGAAGGACCACGAGGCAGCCGUUGGGGAACCUGUCGUGUUCGAGUGCGACGCCCGUGGUGACCCGCCCCCUGAGGUGACCUGGUAUCGAGGGUCCGCGCCGUUGGAACACCACUCCCGUCUGCAGCUGCUGGAGGAAAACCAUGUCCUUAUUAUUACGUCUGUUCAGGAAGGAGACGGCGGAGAGUACACGUGCCUGGCCACCAACCUCGCCGGCCUGACGGAGGAGACGUUCCGGCUGCACGUGUUGGUGCCUCCGAGAAUAGCCGGGGGCGAGGAACAGGCCGUCCCUGUGGUGAGCGGCAGAUCAGUGGAGCUCGAGUGUGAGGCUCAAGGACAACCUGAGCCCGACCUCAUCUGGACCUUCGAGGGAGAACCUGUUACGGAGAGCGAGGACCUGGUCCUUGACGGUAACACUUUGAUCAUUGACAGGGUGAAGCUGGAGCAAGCGGGAGUGUACGAGUGCGCGGCCACCAACGACGUCGGCCAAGACGCCAGGCGCUUCGUCGUCAGCGUGACAGAGGCUCCCUUCAUCACGGGCGGGCUGGACGAGGAGACGGUCACUGUGGUCGAGGGCGAGUCCGCCGCCCUUCACUGCGUCGCCUCAGGUCACCCGGAGCCGCUCCUGACCUGGAUGAAGGAGGGCGUGGGCAUGCGGCUGGACGAGCGCGUGAGUGUGUCCUGGGGCGGGCGGUCGCUCCUGCUCCAGUACGUGGGCGACGAAGACUCCGGGAGGUACACCUGCGUCGCCUCCAACCUCGCAGGGAACCACACGAAGGAUUUCCGCGUCCAAGUCCUACGUCGUCCUCAGCUCGUCGACGCCCCGGAGGAGGUGGUGGCGGUGGUGGGAGAGAUAGUGAACGUGGUGUGUGCCUUCGAUGCCUAUCCACGGCCCAAGAUCAGCUGGCAGUUCGAAGGCACCCCCGUUGAAGGCGAGGGGAGCGUGCUGCCCUCAGGAGUCCUUCAGAUAUCCCCCGUGAGACCCGAGGACGCUGGAAACUACACCUGCUUCGCGAACAACGAGGCGGGCAGUGCCAACCACACCCUUACCCUCACUGUGCAAACCCCGCCGUGGGUGGAAGUGGGCCAAGCGCGGAUGGUGGUCGUGAGCGGCGAGAGUGCGACCCUCGAGUGCAAGGCUGGAGGAGUUCCCACGCCCUCCGUCACCUGGCUCAAGGGACACCAGGUCGUGAGUCGAGGAGUUGAAUUUGAGCCGGAUGAAUCAGGUUCUCUGUACAUUCCUUUCGUGACCCCCGAUUUGGCAGACACCUACGUAUGUACUGCCCGGAGCUCUGCAGGAUCAGCACAUGCACACACGGAGCUGGUGGUACAAGAGUCUCCUGUCGUCUUCGGCUCCGAGGAUGAGGUCGUCGCCGCGGUGGGUCAGCAGGUCGUCCUCAAGUGCGAAGUGACAGGUCAGCCCACCCCGGCCGUGACCUGGACGCGACCCAACCACGCCAACACGCCCGUCACGCCCGGAGAUCCGCGUGUACAGUUAACAGACGACUCUCUCACCAUCCUGCCGGUCGCCGUGGAGGACAUGGGUCUCUACCAGUGCACGGCCACCAACCCCGCCGGCCAGGACAGCGCCUUCGUCACCCUCACCGUCCACUGUACGUCCUGGGUGGUGUAUUUCUUUUCCCUCGGCUGUGCCUCAGACACCGGCUUAUACAUCUGCCUGGUGACCAACGCUGCAGGUCGUCUGUAUCGCGAGGUUGCCGUAGUCGUGCAGGUUCCUCCCCGCUUCUCCGUCCUGCCACGCACCCAGCAGGUCACGCGCGGAGACAGGUUCGAGCUCGAUUGCGAGGCUGUUGGCACUCCUGUUCCGACCAUCAGGUGGCUCCUUAAUGGCACUCAGGUUGCGGGCGUGGGGCAGUCCCGAGGGGGGCGGGGGGUCCUGGUGGUGGAGAAAGCGGCCAAGACGGACGAGGGAACCUACACGUGCAUCGCCGAGAAUGCUGCCGGUCACAGGAAGGCCGUGGCAGGGGUCAGGGUCAAAGUUCCGCCCGUGAUCAUGUACGCCCCCGAGGAAAUGACCGUCCUGGAACUCAACGCUGUGACCUUGACCUGUGUCGCCGAGGGUGACCCCGCCCCCGCCACCACCUGGACCAAGGAAGGCCACUCGGUUCACUCCUCGGACCGGGUGCACCUCAUGGACAACGGUUCACUGGCUGAGGCUCUGAGCACGAGUAACACCAUCUGA